AUCGCAUAUGGUGCCGUGGCCGCUCAUGGCACCGUCCGCCCCCCCGUGGUCUCACCCCGUCCGUCCCCGUCUCCGUCCCAUCCCGUUUCCUCCCGCCCCGCAGUGAUGUUGGCUCCGCUCCUACACGAUCCCAAUGGACCCGGAGCUGAACGAUCCGACCAGGAGCUGCUCAGGGUUCGCGCUGGGUUCGUGAGCCGCGUGCGGAGGGCGGUGCUGUCCAACCUCCUGGACGAGCUGCUGGCGCAUCAAGUGCUGAACCAGGCGGAGGUGGAUGAGGUGCAGGAGGGAAACGCCGUGACGACCGACAAGGCCCGAAGCCUCAUCGACACCGUCCGCCUGAAGGGCGUUAAGGCCAGCGCCAUCUUCAUCCACAGCCUCAGGAAGCACGACGGCAACUUGGCGGAGCAGCUGGGGCUGAGCGCUGGAGCAGACCCUCCUGGUGCGCCGCCGGCUGCCCCCAGCACUGCGGGCUCCUCCAGCCCCGCUGUUAGCAGCCAGGACCUGCAGUGGAUGCAGCAGUGCACCCAGAGCGAGUACCAGCGCAUCAAGGAGGCAGAGGGAGAUCAGAUCUAUGACAUAUACCAGCCACGGGAGAAACGAACCCGUAGGGCCCUGCUCAUCUGCAACACCAAGUUUGAGCACUUGAGCCAGCGGGCCGGGGCUGAAGUAGACGUGAAGGAGAUGACAAAGCUGCUGGAAGCGCUGGGCUACUACGUGGAGUGCCACGAUGACAAAACUGCCCAGGAGAUGGACACGGUCAUGAAGGAGUUUGCGGCUCACAAAGAUCAUUGCACCUCUGACAGCACCUUCCUGGUGUUCAUGUCGCACGGGAUCAGUACUGGGAUCUGCGGGACCAAGAGCGACGGGACCACAGACGUCCUCCCCUUCAGCGCCAUCCACGAGAAUUUCAACAACAAGCACUGCAGGGCGCUGAUGGGCAAACCCAAAGUGGUCAUUGUCCAGUGCUGCCGUGGAGACAACACGGGAUCUGUGCUGAUGUGUGACUCCAUCGACCCUAAGCCGCCCACUGUCACCUUGGACAGUUUGAGGUGUGUACAGCUGGGAAAUCAGAAUAAAAUCAGAGAAGCUCACCUGGAGAGUGAUUUUGCCACUUUAUAUGCCUGCACACCUGAUACCGUCUCCUGGAGAAGCCCCACAGAAGGUUCUGUUUUUAUCCAGAGGCUGGUGGAGCAGUUUCGAAAACACGCCUUUAACUGUGACUUGCAGGAGAUGUUCCGCAAGGUCCAACGCUCCUUUAAAGACUUUCCUCGGCAGCUGCCAACACAAGAGAGGACCACGAUGCUCAAGAAGUUCUAUCUCUUCCCAGGGCUCUGAUCUGCUGACGGCUCUGAACAACUUCAAAGUGACCAAAUUCCUGCUGGGAAGCAGCAGGUGCUCAGCGCUAUAACAGUGUGUGUGCACCUGGCGAACAUCUCUUCACCACCCCAAGCAAAGGCUGUGAAGCAUCUCCCCGUCUGUGACAGACACCAUCCGUUGCUCUGGGAGCCACUUCUGCCCUGUUGACUAAUAAAAGGAUUAGAACACUCA